GGCAACUUUGUAUGACCUUCGUAAGGUCACCUUUAGCGGUUCAAGUAUGACUCAGGCGACUGAUGAGUUGUGUCGGAAAUUCCAAAGUCUUGAUCAUGAGUGGAAUAAGAAGAAUCACAAUGUUGAUGAAUGUCUCGAACGGGUUAAAGAAAUUACUUCUGCACUAACUAGGUGUUCGUUCCUCCCUAAAGAUGAAUCUGAAGCUUCCAGACGUGAACUUCUCAUUGCUAGAAGUACACUUGAAAUAGCCACUAUGCUGGCCUCAGAAAAGCAAGAUAUCCCUGCUUUCGAACAUUAUAUGUCUCAGUUGAAGUGUUACUAUUAUGAUUACAAAACAAACCUUCCAGAUUCAGCCUACAAGUAUGAGUUACUGGGACUAAAUUUGCUUCGUCUGCUGGCUCAAUGCAGGUUGUCUGAAUUUCAUACAGAACUAGAACGCCUUACAAUAGAGGAAAUAACUUCUAGUGUGUAUAUAAAUCAUCCGGUCUCCAUGGAGCAGUACCUGAUGGAAGGCAGUUUCCACAAGGUUUUCUUAUCUAAAGGUAACGUACCAUCAAAGAGAUAUGAUUUCUUCAUUGAUAUCCUCUUGAAUACAACCAGAGAUGAGGUUGCGUCUUGCGUAGAAGCUGCCUAUGAAAGUUUGUCACUGAAGGAUGCCACUCCCAUAUUAUUUUUUGAUUCUGAGGAAGGAACCAAGGCUUUCGGACAAAAGCGGGGAUGGAAACUUGAAGCUGGCAUCUUUCACUUCCCUAAAAAUACCAAACAAACAGAUGAAGGCAUCCCAUCAGCUGAGGUAACGAAGGUUAUGCUGGAAUACACAAGAGAGCUGGAUCAAAUAAUUUAGAGUCAGUUUACCAACUUUGAGUUUCCAUAGUUGUACUUAAAAUUUUCGAAAAUAAAUCAUCUUGUAUUUUAAAUUCAUUUCUGUAUUAGUAGUCUUUUAAGUCUUCCAAUUAAGUCAAUCUGUGGUUACAAAACAGUGGCCUUCAGUUACUUUUUGAACAAGGAUCUCAUUAAUCUUUGCCUAGGGAUUAUUGUGUACUAUGUGCUUACUCUAACAGGGUUUGUGUUAUUUGAAUAAGUAUUUGUUGUUGGUUUGUAUUGCCUCAUUUACUCGCUUCACCUCCCCUAAAAAUAAUUAGCGGUUUUAAGACUUACUGUUCAUGAAUAAUGCAUCUGCUGCUCUCGCCUUAAUGAAUUCGGCUUACCGAGUGAAAAUCCAAGAGACUGUAACAACAAAAACGGGAUCGAAAAAGAAUCUGAUUACCUGGUUACUGUUCUAUUGUUAGAUACUGAUCUUUCAAUUUACCAUAAUUGUUUGUUUACGUAGUGAUUUUAUUUACCAUUUCCAUUCAUUCCCACCCUAUGCUGUCGAAAUUUCCAUCACAUGUGUUAACUAUUACUGGUUGUCGGAUUAUCAACUUGUAUUCCACUCCUAUGCCAUCUGAGUUGAGAUGGUUUUUGGGGUGUUUUAUAAAUUUACACAAUAAAUUUAUUUUUAAGCUGUUAACAGUUGAACAAAUAUUAUUUUAUUAAAAUGCAAAUUUAGUACAUCAUGGGCACUAAUAGAUACGCUACACAAAAUUUCAUAGUUUGUGUCACAGAGCUGGAAUGCUGUCCGGAUAUCCAGACUGAAGUGGACGUUAAGGGGCCGCCCCCAAGCCCUUGACUUGAAGUCUCAUUCUCAUGGUUGUAGAACAGCGUGGGAAGCUGCAUUCAGGUGACCAAAACAGAUUCAUACGCCAUUUGAUGCGUUCGGAUUCUGGUGCCGAUGCAUGCCAUAGAUUUAGAGUCAGGGUAUUCCAGCUUCCCUUUCCGUACCAGCCUGGUUGUAGACGCCAGACAUUCGUAUUUGCUCUAUCACUUAUGUGAGGGACACUCGUGCCUCAGCUAAAUAAGACGUCAUGUGGAAAAUUGAGUUCGCUUAAUCUUGCGAAUUUAUAUCCCUUCCUGCUUCGUUCUGACCAGUUAAGGAAACAGG